GCCAACCCGAGGGCGGGGAGGAGCGGGCGACGCUGCCUCUUCCCGGUUGCGGAGAGGCCCGAGCACCUGCGGGCAGCGGCGUGCUCUCCUGGCCAUGUCGGAGCCUCUGCCCGCGUUUCUCCUCCGGCUUUGGGGGCCCCAGUUGGGUACUCGGACCCCGCCUCUGCGGGGGCUUGUCGCCGCCUCCCCUUCCAAGAGUUUUCUUGGAGGCUUUUUUGGUCCCAUUUGUGAGAUCGAUGUUGUCCUUAAUGAUGGGGACACCAGGAAAAUGGCAGAAAUGAAAACUGAAGAUGGGAAAGUAGAAAAACACUAUCUUUUCUAUGAUGGAGAAUCUGUUUCAGGAAAGGUAAACCUAGCCUUUAAGCAACCUGGAAAGAGGCUAGAGCACCAAGGAAUUAGAAUUGAAUUUGUAGGUCAAAUUGAACUUUUCAAUGACAAGAGUAACACUCAUGAAUUUGUAAACCUAGUCAAAGAAUUGGCCUUACCUGGAGAACUGACUCAGAGCAGAAGUUACGACUUUGAAUUCAUGCAAGUUGAAAAACCAUAUGAAUCUUACAUUGGUGCCAAUGUCCGCUUGAGGUAUUUUCUUAAAGUGACAAUAGUAAGAAGACUGACAGACUUGGUAAAAGAGUAUGAUCUUAUUGUUCACCAGCUUGCCACCUAUCCUGAUGUUAACAACUCUAUUAAAAUGGAAGUGGGCAUUGAAGAUUGUCUACAUAUAGAAUUUGAAUAUAAUAAAUCAAAGUACCAUUUAAAGGAUGUGAUUGUUGGAAAAAUUUACUUCUUAUUAGUAAGAAUAAAAAUCCAACAUAUGGAGUUACAACUGAUCAAAAAAGAAAUCACAGGAAUUGGACCCAGUACUACGACAGAAACAGAAACAAUUGCCAAAUAUGAAAUAAUGGAUGGUGCACCAGUAAAAGGUGAAUCAAUUCCCAUAAGACUAUUUUUAGCAGGGUAUGACCCAACUCCAACAAUGAGAGAUGUGAACAAAAAAUUUUCAGUAAGGUACUUUUUGAAUCUAGUCCUUGUUGAUGAAGAAGACAGAAGGUACUUCAAGCAGCAGGAGAUCAUUUUAUGGAGAAAAGCACCUGAAAAACUGAGGAAACAGAGAAUAAACUUCCACCAGCGAUUUGAGUCUCCAGAAUCACAGGCAUCUGCUGAACAGCCUGAAAUGUGAACUAUUGAAUAAGAGAAAAAAAAAAAAACAAAAAUCUCCUGUAACCGUUGAGAUUAAGUUCAGCAGAUUAAAGAUGGUUGCACCACGUAGGGGGAAAAAGGCCAAAACUCCAUUUAUAAUAGUCUUCCUUUAUCUUACAGUGCUGCAUAUAUUUUAUGAUGUAACUAAAUAUUCUUCAUGUAUAUACAUUUAAAAAAGUGCUUUCUUUGAAACACUGGAACUUUCUUAAGCUGCUUUUUUUUUUUUUAAACUGCACUUUGAUUUGGUGAUAAGCACUCAGAUAUGCCUAAGCAUAAACAUUAAAGAUUUUCCUGUGAGUAGGCUGGUAUUUAUAAUUUUGCUUUCUUUCUGCAUAGUGUUGAUUAUUAAUCUUUUUUCUCCCUUUUCAUGCUAAUGAUUACUUCUUAUUCUCUACAUGCAAAUUAUUUUAUAUUCAAAUAAAAUUAGAAAACUUGAUUAGCCCUUAUAUUGUACAAAGAUUUAAAAGAACAUUUCAUUUUUUUUUUUAACUAAAUUGUUUCUACAUAAGUUUGAGAAACACAUAUGGAGUGUUCUGAGUCUACCAUUCCAUGGCUUCCUGAAUUUGUAUCCUCUUAAAAGUUUUCUGUCCUAUGAAUAUUAAAUUUUUUUUCAAAGGAUUAUGUGGCAUGUUUUUGUGACCUUUCUGUCUCCUUUUUGCCACAAUAAGUAACCAUUAUGCUACGUUCCAGCAGUGCCACUAUAUGUUUUGUGCAAUGUGGAAUUGACCCUAUGUUGGUGUUUAAGAAUUUGUUGAACUGUAUAAUUUUUCCAUAAAUACUCUGAAACAGGUAUGUGUAUUUUUUUAAUUUAAGGAAUCUUUUUGCCACAUAUACACUAUUUUCUUGACCUCACAAAUUUAUUCUCUUCACUUCUCAGGUGAAAAUUUUGGGAUGGGGGGACUCAGGAGCAUGUAGAUAUCCAGAUCUGGAUAAUUUCAUGUUUGGUAAACUGGAACUUUGGCUACUCAAACUCAAAUUUAAACCUCACCCACCAGUUUGAAUUUUUUUAACAGUAAAUUCAAGUCAUUUGUUCAAAAUCUCUGAAAAAGAAGGUGGCAGUCAUCUGUGUGAAUGGGAUCUGAUCUCAAAUACAGUAAAUGUGGGAUGUAGAUACCAAAACGAAGCCCACUGUGUGGAAACUACUUUCAUUUACAGUUCAUUCGUUUUUGUACCAAUAUUUUUUAUAUACUUCAGUGCAAGUCUUGUCAGUUAACCUUACUUUAAGUAAGCUAAAUAAUCCAAAUUAAUUUCCUUAAAGCUGUUUUACUACAAUAGCACUUUGAUAAAAUGGUCGAUAACCACCUUCUCUAUUGGCGAAAAGUUCCAUCCCGGAGCAUCUAUUUUAAAUGUAGAUAUCUGUGAAUGGUAACGUUUUCCUUCAUGUAAGUGCCUGUUCAAAGUUUCAAAAUUUAAACAAUGCCAAAUAUUUUCAUGAUCACUUGCAUGUAGUAAUUAAAAAUUAUUCAAAGAAAAAAAAUUAUUCAAAGAAAUUUUGAAAACCAUUUGUAUUUAACCAGCCUCAAAUUGUGCAACCAUGAUGUAUAAAAAAUAAUUUGAAACAGAUCCUGAGCUUGCUCUUUGAAUGAUUAAAAUAGCUCUAUUCUCAAAUCUUUUCUCAUUGUCAGAUUUAUUGUUGAGGAUGAGAUUGCUGUAUAGUUUAGGAAGCUAUAAUUGUGAUAAGUUUUUAUAAAUAUUACCUACUUACAUUUUAAAAUGCUUAGUUAGCUGGCUUACAGUAUGGUCUGUACUAUAUACACAGGAUGCUUACUUUUGCUUGAGACUUUCUGCUUGCAUGACCAAUUUGAAAAAUAAAAAUUUAAAUUGA